UAAAAUUUAAAAAACAAUAUCUCUUCCACUUCCAAAUAUGUUCCCAACGCUUUUUUCUCCGUGCAAAAAUUUUCCUUUGAUAAGAACCUUCUAUGUUUCAAACGGUAAACGUUCUACAAAAUAAUAGAGGAACAAAUCAUAAAAGACUUUUUUGAACUCUUCCAAUGACCAUCGCAGACGAGCAGUUUUCUACCUGACCUUUCUCAAUCUAUAAGUCAUUGAACUCUAUUCACCUUUCGCCUAAGUCCUCAACAAAAAAUCCUGUGAGGCGCCAUCAGGUCAUCUCAGGUCGUUGCUUCGACCAAUCAGAAAAACGCAAAGAAACGAGAGAAGGAAAUGAAAAGAUGUACCAGGGAUCUUCAUGGCUUUCCUUUAUAAGACAUUUUCCAACUGUGAUCCGCAGUUGGAGUUGAGCCACUGGAUCAACCACGUCCGUAGUAAGUUCCCUACAUCAACUCAACUUCUUAAAUAAUUGGUCAAGACUCGCAAAAAACAAAUUUGAAUACUGUUGACGUUGUAUUUGGCAUACCAACUGCUCUCAGAUGAAGCCGAAUUCCAUCAUAGCGACUUCAUGGGUGCUUGUGCUCUUUCUCUGCACUAGCCAGAAAUUUGUUUCCGUUGUUCUUAGUGAGGAUUCUGCGGUCAGCAUGUUGGACAACUAUGUACAUCUAGCACGAGACCAAGGAAAUAAUCGGACAAACAAUGUCGAAACCAUUUUUACUGCCAUCGGUAUCGCGGCUUCCCUGAUCACCAUCGCGGAAGUAAUCAACCGUCGGAUUUUGCCACAACCGACGACACUGUUGGACACACUCGACGUUGUCCGGCGAUUAGAAGACCUCGUCAUUCCCGAUGACGGCCGCCAAUACAAGGAUGCAGAAGACACAAUUUUGAGAGGUUUGUACGAUAUGAGUGUGAUGACGACCAACAACUCAUCCGAGUUCCAGACACUGUGGUGGCUUGAUCGAGCCCGCUAUUUGGAUGGAGAAAUUAUUCUUCUUAUGGAAGGUUUACUCGGCCAACAGGUCGCUGGCUCAGAUUUAAUGGACAACAUCCAAGAUAAUCUAAAGUGCGAUGCCAUCCAGAUUUCGGAAAAACUGAAGCGAUACAACGAUCUUAUUGAAAGCGGAUCGAUUGCUUUUAAUUACUUCUCUGGACUAGGGAAUAUGCCUGCACAGGAAGUGAGUCGGAGAAAGGCCGCCAUGCGAGAACGCAACAUAAAAAUACUGGCACGUAACGAACAGCUGAUUGGAGAGUGUUUCCAACGUCAAUUAAGCCAAGUCCGAAGUGAAUCAAUGUCUACAGAAGAAGUUUCCGAGCAAGUGGCGCAAGUGAUAUCUACCCGUUAUCCAUUGCCAACACGAUGGAUCGUCGCUGUCUACACGGACGACCGAGAUUCAGUCUCACGCGCCGCUAUCAAACCAAUCAAACCUAAACUUUCAGCGAACUUCAACAUCAAAAACGUCAACGGUUUUCACGUCGCUUUAUUCCCGUUCCUGGAAGGGAAAAUGCCCCACAUCAUCGACGGCCGGCGUGUGGACGAAUUCUGUGCUCGACCCGUUAAAGGCGCUGGACAAAUGCCGACAUGUGACGUUGGCAGCACCGACGGAGAAUACGUCUACGAUGAACUGAGACGACUAGGUAUUGUUCCUGAUCCCCUCGAUCUAAUUGUUGUUCCUACUGAAGGACAACUUAGCGUCAGGACAGUUCCUCUUGGCAGUUUACCGCCGUUCUUCGCUAAAAACUAUCCCGAUUUCAAUAUUAUCGUGUUUUAAUUCGACAGUUACAAAAUAGAUUGCGAAUUGUUUUAUGGGGAGGAUAAAGGUGAAGACUAAUGAUGACUGAUGAUUCUAAAUAAAUUAAUAGGUCCUACCAUA